GCUUCCCAGACUGAACUCGGAGGGGGGCGGUUGGACCGGACGCUGGGGGCGGGGUCUGAUUGCACCGACCCCCCGGAGCAGCGCAGAGCCGCCGCGAACAGGCGAAGUGCAGGUCCGGCCCCAGCCCGGCCCCACGGGGAGGGAGUCAGAUCCGGGAGGAGACGGACAGAGAGACCGACCGCCAGCCCCUCCGGCCCCCGAGGGGGUGGACUCAGCACUUGACUGUGACCCUCCCCUCUGCUCCUGCCGCCGGGAAGGAUGGGAGGGCCUUGUUUCCGGAACACCCCGUAUAAGGGGGUUCUGUUUGCAGGCUGUCUCCUGUUGUGCUGGGGUCCCCGCGCUGUGGUUUGUACUGUUGUGGUGCGCGUGAUCCCGGAGGCUCCGUCCGUGGGGCAGAAUGUCACUCUGUCCGUGGAAGGCGGCCUGGAGCCCCUGCGUCACUUCGACUGGUACCGGGGGCGGCUGGCUGAUGGCAGCACCCGCAUCUUCAGCUACUUCCCGGGGCAGGAGCGCCCCCAGCGCAAUGGGGUGCAGUUCACGGGCCGCGAGGUUGGCUUUCCCAACGGCUCUCUGCUCCUCCGGGGCACCCAGGCCAAUGACAGCGGCACCUACCAGGUCGCUCUGCAGCUGGUGCCGCAGGGCAGUGAGAAGGGCACCGUGGAGCUGCGGGUGAGCGCCUCAGCGACCACUCUGGGUCCAAGGACACUGCUCCCCCCGGGCUCAGGCACAGAGCCUCCCCUGGCCACAGCAGCCCCCAGCACCACGCAGGUCCUCGGCUGGGUGGUGGCGGGGGUCGUGGUUGGGAUUUUGCUGACCGGAGCUCUGGGAGCUGUGGUCAUCUACCACCUCGUCCUGCGCAGGUCGGACCUGGCCAGAGGCUCCACAGGAAAACUGGAUCCCAAAGGGAAGAAACCACAAAGAUCUGCCAGGGAUGACAUGGAGCCGAUUUAUGAGGUGAUGGAGUCUUCCUUGGAGUUGCCCCAGCCGGAGGGGAGAAACCCUGAAACUGACCCCCAAGCUCCCCCGGCUAUCCCCUUGCCUCCCCAGCCAGACCCCAACUACACGGAGCUGCUGCAGCGAGCCGAGUCCGUAUAUGCCCAGAUCCAGAGGUGACGCCAGCCGCAGAGGCCACAGGGGGGAACCUCCCUAACAGGACACCGCCCAGGGAUGCCCCCUGCCAUGGGGAAUCCCCCCAACGAGGAGUCGCCCAGGGACACCCCCUGCCAUGGGGAACUCCCUGAGGGUCUCUCCAAUUGGGAUCCCUGACCACAAGGACCCCACCCAUGGGGAACCCCCACAGAAAAACUGGGGUAGGGUACUCCUCCAGGGACGCCAAUGGGGAGCUGCACCCAUACACAGCCUGAGCACCCCCCAGUGGGGUACCCCUCAGCAAACCUGGGAACCCUCCACAGCACCCUUGGCCCUCCCAAAGGGAUCCCCUCCCAGCAUCCAUGGAAACCCCUAGAGACACCCCCCCAUUGUCUGUGGGGAACCCCCCCCAGCAGUGAUAACCCCCCAGGAGAACUCCCACCCUCAGCCUCCAGGACAGACCUCGCACCCUGGGGAUCCCCCCCCAU